AUGUCGGAAGAAACAAAGACAGCAGAAGGAGACUACGUCAUGAUGGGCGACUCCAAUGGAGUCAAGAUGCCAGGACUUGAUGACCCAAACCUAUCACAAGAAGAUCGUGACCAUAGGCUAGCAAUCGCUCUUCAACAAGAGGAAAAUGCUGCUGCUUAUGAGACGCACAAGAGACGACAUGAUCAACGAGUUGCGGCCAACACCAAUCGCACAGCCCGUUCGGGUACAUUUACUCGAUUGGCAGCCGUCCGUGACAAGGAUCAAGGAAUGCUUACGGUCCCCGCUGACUACACCACUGAAAAUGCUUAUGUAAAGAAUGAUGGAGAGUAUUUGCCACCUGGUGGAAGAUCGGAUGAGGAGAUUUUGAGGGGUGCUACUCCUCAACAAAUUGCGGAUUAUAAGCUUGCCAAGGAAAUUCAAAAGGUGGAACAAGCUGGAGCAGGCACUGCCCGUGAGAUGUCAAAGAUUGCCUCGGAAGAUGCUGAAGAGGCCGAAGCUCAAGUCACACGCACAGGAUACAGCAACUACCAAAAGUAA